GUUUAUUAAUUGUAGCCGACAGACUGAGAUUUCCAUCAACUUCGAAUUCAAACACUUGUGGACCUUGACUCGAAAUGUCCGACAAUAGUGCUGCGCUAGCUUAAAUAGCGAACUCAAAUCUCGUCUUCUUCAUCCCAAAGUUCAUCGUUCUUUUCCAUCUUCCUAAGAAGGCCUCAUCAUGUCUAAUAAUGCUAGCGCCACUACGUCAGUGACAACCACACCUCCCCGCAAGUCCGAGUCUGGCUUGCCUGCCGAUCUCAAGUCCACCCCACACGCAGUCGGCUCCGCUGUUGUCAGCGAACACAUCGACACUGUAGGCGUCGACGUCAGUGAUGUCCGUCCAUGGAUCGCGCGCGACGUCAGGAACUUCAAGCAGUGCGGGGCAGACGAAAUGCUGCAGCAGCUCCUCGAAAUGUGCGCAGAUCCUAACCAAUCCCUUCCUCCCAAUCAGAAGUCCACGUUACUCGAUACUCCCCUCGAGGCUGUCAUGCCCCUCUGCAAUGGGCCAGGUGUGGCGCAGAAGAUCAAGCAACACUUGACUAAAUUUUGUAAUAUCGAGAGCGAAACCCCGUCUUACUCUGAAUUCGUCGAGGCUGCCAACCGUGCACUUCGUGAACUGGGGAAGGUGACCGUACCUGGAAUGCCCGCUUUUCAAGACGACGAUGAAACCAAUAUCCUUUUUCAUGUGAAUGAUCCAUCGUUCAUACACCAAGAACAUCAGGGCGAGAAGUCCAGCCGCAAACCGGACAUCGUCGUCGUUUCUCACCAGACUGCCGCGGAUAUCAUACCGGAAGGAAAAUCCAAAGAUGUUUACAAGUCUGCGUGCAAGGCGCCCACCAAAGACCAUGAGAACUUCCAGUGGGUGGAUGUCCGAACGACAUUCGAGUUCAAACGCCCGAAGCCGCGUCUGCCUCAUCCACCGUCUGCUUACACUAAGGACUACGUGACUCCUAAUGUCCUAUAUAUGGAAUACAUGAAGGAAACGGACAUGUCCAAACAGUCAACGGACUCGUUCGAUCAGUCAACAGACUCGACGUCUACCACUGGUACUGCUCAAGCCUCUCACAGUACCUCGAACAAGGUGCAAAAUAUAUCCCACCGACUCAGAAGCAACAAACGCGGCUCCGAUCAUUUACGCUCAAACGAGCCGUCCACCAGCAAACGAUCCAGGCAGGAUGAAGAGAGGCAAUCCAAGCAAGAGGAGAGGAGGAACAAGAAAAAGAAGAAGGGUCCGAACAAACACCAUCCUGUCAUCCAGAAUGGUUUGUAUGUCGCGGAGAUGUUCGCAGCUCAUACGGUGCGCCAGCACGUCAUCUCGUUUAUAGUAAACAACGAUAUCAUCUAUCUCUGGUGGUUCGAUCGUCAGCACACGAUUCAAUGCGCUGGCAUCAACUUCGUUCAGGACCUUCCACGCUUUGUGGUCUUGCUCUUCAUCAUGCAGCGCAUGGGGUACAAGCAGUGGGGCCUCCACCCGUUGUUCGAACCUGAACCUGGAUAUGAAGGCGAGAUUAUCGUCGAGUACGAGGACGACACAAACAAGGACGACCGGGAUAAGAAGGGCCAGGAUAAGAGGAAGCGCGUCGACCUUACACUGGAUUUGAGGUCUGAGGAAUGCGUGACUCAUUUCGGUCUACGGGGACGUGCAACCAUGGUAUUUCCCGUAAAGACGAAUCCACCUGAAUUGGUUGCCAAGCUCUUUUGGCCAGAAGAGGCACGCCAGAGCAAGCCCGAGAUCCUCGAAGAGGUUUACAAGAUUGCAAAUGAAGAUCCAGAUGUGUUGGGCCAUGUUCCAGAGAUGGUCUGGUUCCACAAGUUCGAAGACACUUCCACAGCGAUAAUCAGAAAGGCGCUAGGGAUCGACGACGCGGGUAGCCGGGUCCUAUACAUCAUCGUGUUCAGAAAGCUUGAGCCAAUCACGACACUGAGCGGUGAGGAGUUCCUCCUCGCAUGGUGGGAAGUCGCCAUCGCGCGCUCUGGAAGAGAGGAGUGCAUCACCAGCGACAUCAGUCCCAGCAAUCUCAUGGGAUACCACUUACGCGGUCGAUUUAUGAGCGUCCUCAAUGAUUUCGACUUAUCGUCGAUCAAAGAUUCCUUGUCCUCGAUUCAAGGCUCUCCCAAAGGCUUCGAGCGCACAGGAACAGCACCGUUCAUGGCAUUAGACCUUCUCAUGCCAGACACCAUCGCAGGCCGAGUCGAGCACGUGUACCGUCACGAUGCUGAAUCCUUCAUCUGGGUUCUCGCCUGGAUCUGCCUUCGGUAUAAAGAGGGCAAGCUUCGCAGGAAGCGCAGACCUUUGGAUGAAUGGCUGACAACGGAUGCCAUGGGAUGCUUCUACAGAAAAACGGGUUUCUUGUCAAUGCUGCGUACGAUCCGUCCAACGGGAUCGCACGAAGAAAAUUUCAAAGUUGCCUUUGAUUGCUUAGACGUGAUUCACAAAUAUCAGGGCCCAUCCGCGUCCGUUCCAACGGACGAUGAAGUAGUCUUCAAAACAUGGCUCCUGAACCAUGUGCCCCAGAAUGUACUUGACGGCAACAUUUCUCUUGUAGAUUAGAUAUGCUUACAGUUGAGGCAGCGCCUCUGAAAUGCGAUAUUGUAUACUAUGUUGUAGAUUCAAUGUAUGGAACAAACAUCAUGCAUCAUGCACGGUGCCAUUCUUUUGUAUGAUAUGUCAUGUGGAUGAGUGCUUAGCAUUUUAAGAUCAAU